CUCGGAGUCACGUGACUGAUAUUCCAUCCUCGCCAUUUUGCAAUGUGGGAGAGAGUGAGGCCACUUUUUAUGGCUAACGGAUAAAACACAGCAGUUUUAUGCGUUGAGGACAAAGAGCGUCGAGCCUUUCCUCGUCAGUCAUGGAGGAGGCCAGAAACGUAGCUGUGCUCAUCACACACUCCGCCACUGCCUCUUCUUCCUCCUCCACUGCUUCAGCACUGGGAUCCCACACUCAAACCAAAACCCAGGAAGCCAUCAAGCGGGACACCUCCCAGCGUUUUCAGCAGAAACGAGCUGAUGAUUCCCUCAUCCAGGUCAUCGAGAAGCUCAGCAAGAUCGUGGAGAAGCGACCACAGCGCCGCUGUGUCUUGGGAGGACAGAAAAGAGAACUGACCCCUUCUGCAGGGGGAGAGGGAGAUGAGGAGGAGAUGAGGAGAAGCCGUGAAGGCUCUCCCUAUAAGAAAAUUAAGAGAAACUUUAAGGAGGAGGUGGAAUUAGACGGCAGCUCCCUUUCUUCACCUUUGUCAGGUGAUAGUAACAACAACAACAUCACCUCCAUGGUAACAGAGGUAGUUGACAACCCCAACAGCAGCGACCACAAGAGGACAGUUACAUGCUAUCAGUGCAGCCUGUGCCCCUAUCUGUCCCAAACACUGCCUCUGCUGAAAGAACACCUGAAACAGCACAAUGAGCAGCAUAGUGACCUCAUUCUCAUGUGCUCUGAGUGUCAUUUUACCUCCAGAGACCAGGGUCAGCUGGAGGCACAUGUCAGGCUGCACUUUGACAACGGAGGCAAUCUGAAGAGGAAUGCUACUCAUUUAGAUACUUGCAGAGAGGAAAAAGCAGAGCUUUUUAGAAAGCAGGGUGAGGAAUGGACAGGGGAUCAGUGUAGUAUCGGAACUGAUGUGAUCAAAGGCUCAGUGGAUGGUUCCAAGGAGCUACCACAGAAGAAGAAAUGGUAUAGCUAUGAGGAGUAUGGUUUGUACCGGUGCCUGAUUUGCAGCUAUGUGUGCAGCCAGCAGCGAAUGCUCAAGACCCAUGCCUGGAAGCAUGCUGGCCUAGUGGACUGCUCUUAUCCCAUUUUUGAGGAUGAAGAUGGAGGUUCAACAAGAAAAGAGGUACAAGCUACUGCGAACAAUGCUGCAACCAGAGAGGAAUUAGUUGUUUUCUCCCCAGUUCUUCAAGAUAAAAGCCUUCAAAAGCUCCCCACUGCCUUCAAGCUGCAGCUCUGCAUGCCUGUGGCUGUUGACAGCAAACAGGAUGCAUUAAAUCUUCCAGGUUCUGAUCCCAAUGGAAGUCUAAAAACAGUAGAGAAACAGGAGGAGAAUGUAUUCCCUAUCAAAGACCUGACAUCUGAGGAAGCCAUGGUAGAGGUGCAGGUGACAACAGAGACAGAGACUGAGGUGGAGAUAGAUAGUCACCAUGACAGCACCGGUGUCACAGACAGUUUACUGUCAUCAGCUCAGAAGAUUAUCAACAGCAGUCCCAACAGUGCCGGCCAUAUUAAUGUGAUUGUAGAACGCCUUCCUUCAGCUGAGGAUUCUGUUAUGGCGACGAACCCACUUCUUCUCAGCCCAGAUGUGGACAGGGAGAAGAGCUUACUGGAGCCAAAGAAGGAAGAGCAGGACCACAUGGAAGAUGUAAAGGAGGAAGCCAUCCUUGGCUGCAGUCCAGAUAACACUACUGACAGCCAGCCAGCAGGAGCUGAUGUCAUAUCCUCUGUCACUAAAACUAGCGACUCUGCAAGGGAUGAAAACAUUCCCCCAGCUGGUCGUAAGCGGACACAUUCAGAGUCUCUCCGCCUGCACUCACUGGCUGCUGAGGCCCUCGUGGCUAUGCCUAUGAGGACGCCCGAGCUGCCCACAUCCAGCGCCAAGAUAAGUCUGAAGACCAUUGCAGCACAGGCACAGAGCCCACACUUGGGCCAGAAACUUUUUGAGGUGACAGCAGGUGCUCAGAAGGCCUCUGAAGGAGGGCCAGCAGCAGCUCUGUUGGACUUGGAGCUUCAUAGCGAGGACAGAGAGGAGGAUUUAGGACCCCUGUGCUUUGGGGAGGUAGAUGAGGAAGGCCCAGCCACUAAAGCUGGCAUCAGCCUUUCACUGCUUACUGUCAUUGAAAGACUGAGAGAGCGCUCAGACCAGAAUGCCUCAGAUGAAGACAUCUUGAAAGAGCUUCAAGAUAAUGCACAGUUCCAAAAUGGAGCUGUAGCCGGAGUGGUCACAGGAAAUGGAGCAGAGAGCUACAUGUGUAGCAUUCCAGGAGUAGAUGGGUUGCUUGGCUCUCCUGAUGGCGGUCUUGUGGAUUACAUCCCUGGCAGUGAGAGGCCCUACCGUUGCCGUCUGUGUCACUACAGUAGUGGCAAUAAGGGCUACAUUAAACAGCACCUGCGGGUGCACAGGCAGAGGCAGCCAUAUCAGUGUCCCAUCUGCGAGCACAUUGCCUCAGACAGCAAGGACCUGGAAAACCACAUGAUCCACCACUGCAAAACCAGGAUGUACCAGUGCAAACAGUGUCCAGAUGCCUUCCACUACAAGAGUCAAUUAAGAAGUCAUGAAAGAGAGCACCAUAGCUUUGGCAGUGACAUGGCAGCACUCACACCACUCAGUGAAACUGUGGCCACAAUGGAAGAAACUGAACGGGUAACAGAUGAAGAAUGUGGUAUGCAGAAAAUGUACAAGUGCGAUGUGUGUAAUUACACCAGCGCGACAUAUGUUGGGGUGAGGAACCAUCGACGGAUUCACAACUCUGACAAACCUUAUCGGUGCUGCAGCUGUGAUUUUGCCACCACCAACAUGAACAGUUUAAAGAGCCACAUGAGGAGGCACCCUCAGGAGCACCAGGCUGUGCAGCUGCUGGAGCAGUACAGGUGCUCUCUGUGUGGCUAUGUGUGCAGUCAUCCCCCGUCACUCAAAUCCCACAUGUGGAAGCACGCCGGAGACCAGAACUACAACUAUGAGCAAGUUAACAAGGCCAUUAAUGAGGCCAUAUCCCAGAGCACCCGAGCUCCUCAGAAGUUGUCUGCGGUGCUGGAGUCAGUGUCAGAGCGCCCGAUAGUGACCCCACGUUCAAAGGACAAAAUAAAGGGCCCAGUUGAAGCACUGCAAGCGCCCAUAUCAGCAUCAAAGGCUGCUCUCUCUGUUGAUAGCUCAGCAGGCCUCUCUACACCUCCCACAGACCCUUCACAGUGGUCAAGCGAAUCCCUGAGUCCCCAGGGGAAGGAACCUGCACAGCUCCAGUCCCAGAGCCAUCCACGCACGGGCCAGCUCCACCUCACAGGCCCUGGCAUGGAAUAUUGUGUGCUCUUGUUCUGCUGCUGUAUCUGUGGCUUUGAGUCCACAAGUAAAGAGCGACUGAUGGAGCACAUGAAGGAGCACGAGGGCGACAUCAUCAGCAUCAUACUCAAUAAGGAACAGCAGCAGCAGCAACCGGAAGCACAACCCGGCCUCCAAACUGCAGAGUGAGACAUGCCCUUCCCUCCCUCUCCUCAUAUUAUCACCCACCCCGUGCUUUCACAGUGCUGUCCACAAAAGCAUUUCAUUAAGUUUCCUUACCUCUAGGAGGUUGUAGAGGAUACUGAGGCGUAACAGUUUCACAUCUACUGUACCAUAGUCGUUAAUUGUCAUUUUUUUGAAGGUUCUCUGGUUAAGGUUGGUCAUAGCAUCAGAACUGUGAGGCUGCAGUAACUACUAUCCAAUGCAGACACCUUGAAAAGGUUUCAGGACAAGUGAUUAAAGGAUUUUCUGAGUGGCAUGUCAUUUGAAGCAAAUGUUUAAAACAUGAAACAACAUGAUAAUAAGCCAUUAAUAUUUGUGUCAAGCAAUUUCACAUGAAGAAGACAUAAAAUGUCUCUGUAGGGAAGUGAUUUUGAUUUCAAGGGAAAGGCCAGACCUCUGACCCAUGUUAGAUUUUUCAAUAUACAGGGACAAGUUCAUACCUCAGAAAACCACACAAUCCCUCACCAGAAAUGGAAAAAGAUUCACAUAUUUUCCAGUCUAAUUCAUAUAUUAUUGAGUACAAGGCAGCUCUUUUAUUGCUACUGUAAUAUUUAAUGUAUUUAAUCACACACAGUCAAGGCUCUAGCCUAGUAAAGGAGGUACAUGUGCAAAUUCAGCAUCGCCUAAAGGCAUUUUUCACUGCUCGAAUAUCUUUUAAUAUUUAUCCAUUUAUUUUUAUGCAUGUUAGUUUCCGUUAUGCCAAUUUAAAGAGGAAUAUCUUCAAUAUUGUUUCCUUUUUUUGGUUUUGUUUGGGUUUUUUUUGUUUGUUUGUGGGACUUGUAAUUGUACUUGUUAAAUCAUUUAAAAAUUAGAUUCUUUAGAAGUGAAAGAUGUAGAUGUCAAAGGAGGACUGGAAGUUGACUAGAACAAAGCAGAAAUUGGCCUUUGAGGAUUGUCAUCUGCUGGUGGUUUAAUGAAUGUUGACAGAAUGAAAAACAGAAAGGGAUGUUAGCAAAGGUAGAGCUGUUAUUUUAAUUGAACGGUGCCUAGGUAUUUGAAAAAAGGAUUAUGUUUUAAUGAAUGAAACACAAUUAUCACGUGAUUGUGGUGCUAGGCUUACUUUCAGAGUUAUUGAAGGUAUAGUGCAUUUUUUUUAUAGCCCAUGCCAAUUAUCUUGUAUAUAAUAACGUUUUUAUAAUAACCUUUCCACUUUUUGUCAGUGUUUUUAAAAUACAAACUUUCUAGUGUCAAGCGCAACUUGAAAUGAUUGCUGUCCCAGCUAACAAAUGCCUCAAAUAGGAAGACCUGGAUGUGAAAAUAAAGUUUUUAAGGACACAUAUUUUUGAGAUUUUUGUCACAUAGGCAGCCCAUGUCCAUUCACCGACAUGUGAUUGACUGGAAGCAAAAGUGUUUUAUAAUUACUUCAGAACUGAUAGGAGAACUAGUGGUUGACUGAUAAGGGUUUUUCAAUGGCCAGCGCCAAUAUUUAGAGAGCAGGGUGGCUGAUGGGCAGUAUAUAAUGCCAAGUGAAUGUUAUAUUGUUGGUGGGUUUUUUUUUGUUAUUUUGUAAAACGCAACAAUUUAAUAAUUGUUACAAAUGCUGAACUUGAAUUAGCAUCUACUUUUUGUCCAGUAAGUAUAUCUGCAAUCUGCAAAAAAGAAUAUAUCAAAUAAAUCAGUGUCCCAAGGUCAUCAGAAAACUAAGCUCUUUCACAAAAAAAAAAAAAAAAAAUAAUGCAUGAUUGAAAAACAAAGUUCUGGUGCUCUUAACAGCUUUUAUCAGCAAAUAACUUCAUCAUCUGACGUUGCCGUUAGCAAAUUGUAUUACACUCUGUUGCCAAAGCACUGGGUGGCUGUUUAGGGAUUUAUCGUAGCUCAUCUAAGGACACUAAUUCUGUCUGUACAGUAGCUAAUCUUGAAUUGUAAGUUCUGCUGAAGGACCUGUUAUGGAAAGUUCUCUCCUAAUUAUAGAUUUACUCUAUCCUUAACAUGCUAUAUGUUUACUCACUUAAGAGAUUGCAAUGGCCUGUGUGUUCCUUCUGCUUCGCCUUCCCUCUCCUGCUCUGUGUGCCACAUUUUUAGGUUUUUCUGUACCUCUUUUAGUAAUGAUAUUUGUAAUACCGGUCACUUGUUCGCAGCAUUGAAGGCAAGGCUGGACACAGUGUGGAAAUUGACCCAUUAACUGUGGUACCUAAUCAGGCCAUAGCAGAAGGUGCAAACUGACCCAGCAUAGCCCCUGUCAGCUGUCCCCUGGCAGGUCCUUUAGUUCUGAGCCAAUUCCCAACUAAAGAUAUUCACAUUUUUUCUCUCAAAGAUAGGGUUUAAUCUAAUUAUACAGACAGUAAACAUUUAAUGCGUAUGUUGCUACAUGUGGCCAAUGGCAUUUACACUAGAAGUCACAACUUCAGGUAAUGCAAUUAGCAAAUUUAAAAGCUGUAAUUUACGAUACAAACUAUGUCCCCUUGUGUGACAGUCACACCUUUCAUGGUAUCUCAUGUGGUAAUGCUUAGUCACAUGUUUAAAUCUGUUAAGCAGUGAUUAUUAAAUUGAAGCUUGAUUUAAAAACUAAUAAUAAUAUUGCAGCCUUGGCUUUUUUUUUGGCGCAGAUAAACUAAACUGUUUAGUGCCUCUAAAGGUGGCGGUGUAGGCCUUGUUACACAUAGCUAUAUUUAACAAUUACUAGAAGAAGCCAGAAGCAAAGCUAGUGGUUUGCCAACAGCCCAAGAACAAUGAAGAAGAAAAAACAAACAAAAUUUGGGCAAUCUCCAACACAAAAUUGGAGAAAUUCUGGUUUUUUUUUUCCAGUCCUGAAAGUUAAGGAUUCUUUCAUGUCGGCUAAUAAUGGGCUGCCUUUUUUGCUAUAUGGAGGCAAAGACAAUGAAAGAAGCAGCAACAGCUGAUCAGUCAUGUGAGUGACAUGGUCAUCACGUCAGAACUCAUUUGAAAAGGGAUUCUUCAUAUACAGUGAAUCACAUGAAGUCUUUAUUCAAAAAUGUCAACAACCCCUCGAGUGAGCGUAAAAACUUUUGCACAACUAGGAUGUUUUUUCAAAUCUUGCCAUCUCCGAUAACUUCUUUUAAUGUGGAUAAAAAUGCAUUAUAGAAAUACUGCUACUGCCUGCAGAUUUGUCUAAUUUUGGAAAGUAUGAAAGGCACUAAAUGUUUUUUCUUAUUUUGUGGCUAGGGGAAAAUGUAGUUGUCCUGGCUAUAUUAAAGAAAAAAAAAAAAACAACUAAUACUGACCUGGAUGUAACUCUUUUGUGGUGCCACCACAACACGUCUACCUUUUGAACUCAGUAAAUGGAGCAGGGGAUGUGUGCUUGUGGUUAGAGGGAUAGAUACAUCUUCAGAGAAAUGGGGUUACAGCCAAGCCACUGCUAUUUUGAUUCUGUACAUGCUCCACCCUUUAACAGGCUUCACUAUUGGUAACUACUGAAGGCGAAGGCUGUUAACGAUGAGAUGUGCUCCCAGCUGGGCUUGAACUGUACCGCAAACAAUCCAGACCCGACUGCUUACUGAGGGAGAAAAGUCAAGCUACCAGGUCAUUGAGCACCACCCUCCUAGGGAUCCCACAACUGAACUAAACAUUCCAGGUUAGGAGCUGAACAUGACCAGGAGGAAUCAUCAGUCUGACCCAGGCAGGACCUCCACAGACAUACACCAAACACAAUGUGAAACACAGUCAGACAUCAUAUCCAUGAGAUAUGACUGCACACAUGUGGGAGCUGCAGGGAACUUGGGGGAAAUGUGGGAGUCCAGCUGUUCAGAGGCUUACUUCAACAUUUCACGCUGGUCAGUCAUGACCUGGAUAUCUGGGCCAAACAGAGAACCUGUGGAUACUGACAUGUUAGGAAGAUAUCUCCACUUCAAGCUGGACAAGCCCAGCCAGAUGUGACUGUGCCCUAUUUGAGCAGCGCAAUGGUUGCUCAAAUAGCCAUUGUGCCUAUGACAUCUGAAGGAGACUUGUGGUCUGGUUCUCCAUCAGCAGCCACGUUGCUCCAUGUUUUACCUAGCUUGUGGCCCCAGUGUAGCACUGGUCAAACAUGCCAGCCAUCACACUGUCCCCUUGCACGUUAGCAACAGCCACAAGAUGAUGUCAUGUGCAGGUGGAGUAAUGAAAGUAUGACUUUUACCUGAAAAUGAAAGACCACAACAGAGUUCACGGGAAGAAAGAAGGAACGUGAAAAACAACAACAGACAGUGGUAGCAAUGGACCAUUCUGAAGAACAGUUUACUCCACUACAAAGAAGAUUUUGUCCACUGUGACUUGUCCUUUCCAGGAAAGGAGCAAAACAAAAGGACCAGCAACUGUAUAGACAGGAUCAAGAGUAGCUGUCAUGUCUAGGCUUUUGACAUGUUUAUGUCAUGCAAAUGUCAGCAGACGGCUACAUUAGGUAGACAUGUAUGUGUAGUGCCAAUAGAGUAUCGGUGCAGUAGUUACACCUGUAAGUGGGAAAUGAGGUCAAGGAUCUUUGUUGGAGUACCAAGUGAAGCCCGUUAGAGGUUGAAGCAUGUACAAAAUUCAAUGUAAGGAAACAUUUAGAUUCCUAUACAACUAAACUGCAUGCUUAACAAUUCUAAAGAAAACAAAUUUUCUUUUUGUUAAUCUGUCAUUGCCAUUUGUUUCAUUGCUCUUCAAUUGUUGCCGCUUUUCAGCCAACCAACAACUUGUUAUCCUGGUAACCGAGAAAGUACAUAAUGAGCUUCAGACAUGUUGAAAAAGGUCGUAUAAUAGCAAAAACCAUGAUAUUUUCCUAAACCCAACAAUACAACAAAUUGAAAUUAGGUCUAAAAUGAAUGGUUUGUCAUGGGACAAACUCCAGUCUCCUGGGUGAAAGUCCUGUGUCAAACUUAUGCCGCCACCACUUCACCAGCCUGUUAAUGUGUACUUUGGGGCUCUUUAAAAAUGGAAAAGGUUCCUAUAAUAUUGUACUGUUACUGUACGAAGAGAAAAUAUGUGUCUUUCAAAACAUAAGUGAGAAUGCAGUUUAGUUGUAUAAGAACAUAACUUUUUAGAGAAAGGUCUGCACCAGCCCACACAGAUGCAUGUUAUAUAUCUUAGACUGUGACAGGAGUUCAUAUCAGACAAAGUGUGAAGUUCAAUUUGGGACACAAAGUCUGGAAAAACUAAUUUUGCUGAUGCUUUGGUGUUGAUUACCAGAGAGCCAGUAACAAUGUCUCAACCCAUCCAAUGGAUCAUCCAGUCCCAUCACGCAGGACGCACUAUCAUGUUAAUUCAUCGGUAUGCCUCCACUUUUUUACGAUGACAUAGACUGAGGCUGAGGAAAUUAAGAUGAAAUAGAAUAUACAUAAUUCAUCCCCACGCCCACCGUACAUAACGGCUUAAAAUUGUGCCUAUGCGUGUGUGUGUAGCAGGGUGGAUGAAGCAAAAUUAAAACUCUAUCUCAAAGACCUUUUACCUGGCCUAGAAUUCUCAUUAUAAUAGUAGAUAAUUGUUGUCAGACUUUUAAUUUACUAUUCUGCAUGGCAGGAUUAAAGAUGACGGUGGCAUAUAAAUUUAAAAAAUUAAAUAAAAGUGAGAAUUUACUGUCCCCGUGUUUGACGACUUUAAAUGAGGAAUAAGAAUUGAAAAACCGCACCGACACACACACACACACACACACACACACACACACACACACUCACACACACACACACACACAUACACACACACACAUAACACUAUUAUUUCAGUUAGAUGACAAAUGUUUAUUAUUUAAGCCCCAAAAACGAAUAAAGGAACACAGCUUUAAAAGAUCGUUCUGGUCUAUUCUGAUUUUAUUUUCAUACUUUUUGCUACCAUUUCUAUGGGCUAUAAAAAGUUUUCACACCCCUUUUGUUGCUUUUCAAACAUUAAAUCAUGGUUAAUUUGUUUCACAAAAAUGAUUCUUUCGCUUUAAGGUGACAGCAGGUUUCUACAAAGUAAUAUUUGAUUACAAAUAUAAAAUAAGCGAUUGCAUAAAUAUUGACCACCUUCAAGUCAGUAUUUAGUAGAUGCUCCUUUUGCUACAUUGAGCCAAUGUGAACAGGUCUCAGUCAGCCUUACACUUCUAAACACUGCAGUUUUAUCCAAUUCAUCUUUGCAAAGCUGCUCAAGCUGCUGUCAGGUUGCACAGAGCUCUUUUCAAGACAAGUUUCACAAUAUGGGGAUGCUAGCAAGGUAAAAAAAAUAAAUAAAAUAAAAAAUAAAAACAGCAAAACUAUUGAUUUUCACUGGGGAUAAUCUUUAAAAUGUCAUAAACUCAGAUGAAUCUAAAGACAGCCCAUAUCUGUAGCUAUUAUGUAAAACAUGCUGCUGCCUUGUUCGCAUGACGCAACACAUUAAUACCACUGUAGGGCUGUUGUGAAUGCAAAAAGUUUAACCUUUAGCCGUUUUUUUCCCAUCAGUGGUGUGAAAUCUAAAAUGUCUCCCACAUUGCUUCUCACAUAGCCUGACUAUCUGUGCAGCAUUGCAAAGUUCUAUUCAUCUUGCUAAAAAUAAAAUUCUAGCCUACACACAGUCAGAUUAUCCCCAAGGCUGGAGAAAUGUAUUUGGAUAUAAAUGCGAAGGUAAAAAGUAACUGUCCACUGACGGCAUCCAUCACAGAUUACAGCCCCACUCAGUCCAGCUGGCCAUCAUUCAUUCAUGUCAUCAUCGAGGGGUUGAGGAAAUUAUUAAUAUUAUCAGUCUGACCCUUUAAAGUUAGUGUGUGUAUAAGAAGAUAUGAUCACAAUUGAUCACAAAAAUUAACAAGAAAAGCUCUCAGAGCGCAGUACUCUGCCAAGGCUGCUCAGUCAUUGUAUCAUUUCCAACGCUAAAGUCCAGAUGUCAGAUUUUAUGUAGGAUCACAAUCAUGUGAUCGUCUGCAGGCAGCUGACGUACAGUAUAUCCUGUUCCUCCAUCAUAUGGAGUUGCGAUUACAAAGUAGCUCAUGAUGACACUUUGAGUAGAAUAUGGAAGAAAAUUAUAUUUUUGCAAUGUUGAUUGCUAACAAAUGAAGACAAAAAACAGGUUAAAAUCAAAUUGUGUCCAAAUUACUGCAAGGUUGAGAUAACAGCUGGGAAAUUCAUCUUUGGUUGUUCCCUUGGUGGUGAAUACAUGUAGGCUAAAGGGGAUUUAGCAAGUAGUGAUAUAUCCCAUUUGCUGUCACAAAUUGCAGAAGUGUGUUAGCACAGGCAGCAGACACUGCGAGUAUGAAACCAAGUGUAUGUUAGAGCGUACACAUGCUCUCCUUUCACUACAGUUGCAAUUCCCACAGCCAGCUUUAACUUACACCACAUUAAUCUAUGCCAUGUUGAUAAUUGUAAGCAAUGACCUCUUUGUGGCAAAGAAAGAAUUGUCUUUUUAUUCUGAAACUUCAUUUUAAUACCUAAAUGUGCUUGCAUUUGAUCUAUGUUUUGAUUUGGCCUCUAAAUGGUCAGUUAGUGACACUGAAGUGGCAGCAAAACUCUUGUGUCAGCACUGAUCAGGUUAACACCUCAGUGUGUUUUCCAUGCAGGCUUUUUAUUCAGCAAUUUGUGGAGACAAAAACAACAACAGCCCAUGUAAACCAGCACUUUCAUGUAUCACUAGCUAGAGCUUAAAUACUUGGGACUGUAUUUUAAGUGUGUAUAUACUGCAGAACCUCAAAACUGACUUUUAAAAAAAAAGACAAUAUAUAUAUUUUUAAUUAUCUUGGCAAAAAAAAGAAUUUAAACCAAAAAAAUCCAUUUAAUUUCAGGCCUGUUCCUAUUCACUACCCGUCUUUUUAAGAGAACUGAUGGUUGUAAGCUAAAAACAGCAAAAUGAGCUGCAUGAAUUUAAACCAAAGGAGAUGGGUGAGAUUCUGGUUAGUGUUUUGUAAUUGAGGUUUAACAUGGAGUUAUCACCAACAAUGAUGCAACACUUGCUUUGUGUUUAUUUAUUUUUAGCACUUCAUGGGCAGUAUUAUGUCACUUUGCUAUUGUAUUUUUGCUAAUAAAAACUGAGAAAUAAAUGAAUAAGAAAUGA